AUGGGCUUAACGAGCAACGAAAGGCGCGCUCAGCGAAGGAAAGAAUGCCGUGAGGCUCUGGUAGCCCACAUCUACGAACGACUGGGCCUAAUGGUUCCCCCUGGCAGGGUUCGCCUACAGCCUUCCAUUCAAGACGGCUAUGUAUGGUCUGCAUCGGCAUCUAAGCAGCACCUACUGACCAGAAAUUUGGCGAGCGGCACAGUCGGCUUUUAUCAGGAUAUCAUGGAUGGGCUGGGUCAAUCGAUCGAAGCUGUAGCACCAGAGAUUAUCCGGACAGUCGGUCAGAACCAUCAUACCGAUUCGGCGACAGAGUUCAAGAUCUCCAAUACUGAGUCUGAAUCGUUCACAGUGACCAUACGGCGAUUGGAAGAUGAAAACCGGAGAUUGACCGUUGAACUGGAACAUUCCCAGCUUUGCUCCGAGGAACUUGUGAAAAGAAAUCAAGAGGGGCAAGUCAGGCUGGACGCUUUUGAAGAGGAGGUCAAGGAUUGUCGGUCCUCAAUCAGCCAACUAAAAGAAGACUUGCAUCAGGCAAGGGGCAGCAUCCUUGAAGCCGUGAAGAUCCUGCAGGGCUGCCUGUCCAUCGAGAAAGAUGUCUUUCCGCGAGCGGAGGCAAAGAUUGACGUAGCUUAG